AUGAUCAGGCGAGUGGUGCGACAGAGUAAGUUCCGUCACGUCUUCGGGCAAGCGGUGAAGAACGAUCAGUGUUACGAUGACAUUCGGGUGUCACGUGUCACCUGGGAUAGUGCCUUCUGCGCUGUCAACCCCAAAUUUGUGGCCAUAAUCGUCGAAGCCAGUGGGGGAGGAGCCUUCCUCGUUCUGCCUUUGCAUAAGACUGGUCGCAUUGACAAGGCCUAUCCAACAGUGUGUGGUCACACUGGCCCAGUACUGGACAUUGACUGGUGCCCACACAACGAUCAUGUAAUCGCCAGUGGAUCCGAAGACUGCACAGUCAUGGUGUGGCAGAUCCCUGAAAAUGGGUUGACCUCCCCUCUCUCUGAGCCUGUCGUUGUGUUGGAGGGUCAUUCUAAGAGGGUUGGCAUUGUAACAUGGCAUCCAACUGCCCGCAAUGUUCUUCUCAGUGCAGGCUGCGAUAACCUGAUCAUCAUCUGGAACGUUGGUACUGGCGAAGCUCUCAUUAACCUGGAGGACAUGCACCCUGAUGUUAUCUUCAGCGUAUGCUGGAGCCGCAACGGCAGUCUGAUCUGCACAGCCUGCAAGGAUAAGAAAGUGCGUGUGAUCGACCCACGAAAGGAGCAGAUCAUCGCCGAAAAGGACAAGGCUCAUGAGGGAGCUCGACCCAUGAGAGCCAUUUUCUUAGCAGAUGGAAACAUCUUCACCACAGGCUUCAGCCGAAUGAGUGAGAGACAGCUAGCUCUCUGGAACCCGAAAAACAUGGAUGAGCCGAUUUCUGUGCACGAGAUGGACACCAGCAAUGGAGUGCUGCUUCCCUUCUAUGACCCUGACACUAACAUCGUCUACCUGUGUGGAAAGGGUGACAGCAGCAUCCGCUACUUUGAGAUCACAGAUGAGCCGCCGUAUGUGCACUACCUGAACACUUUCUCCAGUAAGGAGCCACAGCGAGGCAUGGGAUUCAUGCCCAAACGGGGACUGGAUGUCAACAAGUGUGAGAUUGCCAGGUUUUACAAGCUUCAUGAAAGAAAAUGUGAGCCCAUCAUUAUGACUGUGCCAAGAAAGUCGGAUCUGUUUCAGGACGACCUGUAUCCAGACACAGCUGGGCCAGAUUACGCUCUGGAGGCAGAAGAAUGGUUUGAGGGCAAAAACGGUGAGCCCAUCCUCAUCUCACUCAAACACGGCUACGUCCCCGGCAAAAACCGUGACCUCAAAGUUGUCAAGAAAAAUGUUCUGGAGAACAAGCCGACCAAGAAAGUGGAGGAGACCUCCCCUGCCCCAAAGCCUAUGUCUCCCCAGCAGUCAAGAAAGAAUGAACCCAAGCUUGAGGAGUUGCUGAGAGAGGUGAAGUCACUCAGGGACCUGGUCACUCUUCAGGAAAGGAGAAUCACCAAACUGGAGGAGCAGGUCUCUAAGGUGGCAAUCUGA